CAAAAAUCAUAUACAACAGUAAAAUAUUUCAGAAAUUAUAUUUAUAUGCAAUAACACAUUACAUAAGCGCAAAUAUAAUAUAACUGUCUAAAACAAUAAGUCACAGUUUAACUAUGUAUUCAUUGUGAAAUAUUGUAUUAUGUAAACUUCAUCAUAAAAGCAUAACAUUUCAGGUAAACAGGUAUACCGAAAAAAAUAUUAGAGAUACAUAUGCGGUGAUCUAAAACAGACAAUUAAAAUCAUUUUUACAUAUUAGUGGAUUUUUAUUAACAAAGAUGACAUUGUAUACAGUAACAUCAGAAAUAUUUACAGAAAAUGAAAAUUCUUAUAUAAAAUGUAAAAAUGACAAUGUAAUAUCCAACUUUAUUUUUAAGUAUCCAUCCUAUAUGAUUAAACCAAAAUGUCUUAAUGGCUUAACUCGUGAUAAUGAUGAUGAUAUAGAUAUAGAUAGGCAACAAGAAGGAAAAUUAUUAAUAGAACACCAUAUAUCUACAGAAUUACAAUAUGUUGGAUUGCAAGUAUGGCGAGGUGCAUUAUUGCUAGCUGAUUAUAUUUUAUCCAAUCCUGAUUUAUUUAGGGAUAAGGUAGUUCUAGAAUUAGGUGCUGGAGUUGGCUUAACUAGCAUAGUAGCUAGUUUCCUAGCAAAAGAAGUAAUUUGUACAGACAUUGAUGUGAAAGGGAUAUUGAAAUUAAUACAUAGAAACUUUAUGAGAAAUAAAGCUUAUAUUAAGUCUAAAGUUGACAUUAAAGGAUUAGAUUUCUUGAAUUUAAAAUGGCUUACAUUUUACAAAAAAAGAAUAAAUGAACCAGCUAUUAUUUUAGCUGCUGAUGUAAUUUAUGAUGAAAUCGUAACGAAAGGAUUUGUUCAAACAUUAACAGAACUUUUAAAUUCAAAUGUACAGAAAGUUGUUUAUAUUACUUUGGAGAAAAGAUAUGUUUUUACUACAGCCAAUAUGGAAACUACUGCUCCAAUGUAUGAAGAAUUCUUAGAUCUUAUUAAAGUAAAGCAAUUUAAUUGGCAUGUUGAAUAUAUUAAAAUAGAUUUUCCACAAUAUUUCAAAUAUAAUAGAUUAGAACAGAUGGUUCUCAUAAAAAUAAAAAACAAGUUAAGUAAAUAAUAUAAUUGAACAUAUAACAUAUAGUAUAGUAACAGAUCCAUGAACAUGAGAGAAAUAUCAAACAGUAUUAAGUAAUAUAAUGUGUUCAUAGAUAUUAUAAUUGUACAUUAAAUUUAAAUAAAUUUAGAGAAAAUAUUUAUAUAUGGA